AUGGGCUGCUUCCCGUGCUUCGGAUCGUCAGAGCAAGUGAAGGAAAGGAGGAACGAGGUGAAGGCCGGAGGCGAUUCGAAGAAGGAUCCUUCGUCUACGGCACCGUCUUCUCACCAUGCGGCCAGAGUUGGCUCCGGUAUUUCGGCUUCCCUUUUAAUGUCCAUCUCGUCGAGGUGUGAGAAUUUUGGUCUGCAAAUUAAGCAUCCGCGGAAGGCCUUGCAAGUGACGCGACGUGUGUGUUCUCUGCUAAUAUUUUAGUACUGUACCUGCAAAUGCUGUUGGUCAGAUCCGUGUGGAAAUUAUCCUUUUAUUUGAUUUCCUGGAUGAUUGUUGGACGGUGGAUGCUUUCAACUCGUAAGUCGUUCCUCGGUCCCUCAAGUUUGCAUCUCUACGGUGGUUAUUUGAUGAUCGUCGCUCUGAGGCUGGACUCUCUAUCUUUUCAAUACGUUUCUCUGCCUCCUCCAAAUGCAUGUAGAUAUGGCUUGCUAACUUCUUCUUUUUUGCAGAAAAAUUAAAGUCACGGAGUGGUACAGAGACGAGGAAAGAAACACCAGUGCCGAAAGAUGGCCCAACACACAUUGCUGCCCAGAUCUUUACUUUUCGUGAGCUUGCAGCCGCUACGAAGAAUUUCAGACAAGAGUCCCUUCUGGGGGAAGGGGGUUUUGGUCGUGUAUAUAAAGGUCGGUUGGAGAGCACUGGGCAGGUUAGAUUUCUGGAUAGGACUUGGCUCUUUUAAUCGAUCAUUUAAUUAUUGUUCUCCUCCCAAAAAAUGGACAAUUAUAUCUGCUCUACAAAUUUUCUAUUACAGAUCCGAUAUCUUAGAAUGAGAUUAAAAAAAAAGGUGCACUUUAUUUGGCUGGCAGGUGGUUGCGGUGAAACAGCUUGACAGGAAUGGCCUUCAAGGCAAUCGAGAAUUUUUGGUAGAGGUGCUCAUGUUAAGCCUCUUGCAUCACCCUAAUCUGGUCAAUUUGAUUGGCUACUGUGCUGAUGGAGACCAACGCCUCUUGGUAUAUGAGUUUAUGCCUUUGGGAUCUCUGGAAGAUCAUUUGCACGGUUAGGUCCAUACCUUCCUGUAUUUUAGAUAUUCACCAGGCUCUGGACGUAUUCAUCUUCAUGCAUAAAGAACGGCGUCUUUGACAUUAUCAUGGUUGGAUUACUUCUCCUGUUCGCACACUUGUCCUUGUAAACAAAUUGUGAUGUUUCACUAGGGAAAACACAUUGUUCUGUGUUAUGAUUUUAAAUUGAUUAAUAAUUACCUUGAUUUUUUUCCUUCAGGGAUGCUAGAGGAGCCCAAUACUUAUUUGGAAGAAAAAUGAAACUGAUCUGUAAAAAUUAAUCAAUAUAUUAGAUGAGAUCAACCAAUAUAGAUAGGAAUGCAGAAGUAGAACCAGAGUUGCCGACUUCAUAGUUUUUCAUAAGAGAUGCCAUAGUCUUGUACUAUCUCUCUGUUAUUAAAUUUCUCAAAUUCAUGUCUAUACACUUUUUUUAAAAAAUUCCUCACAAGCACCAAUAGGCGACUGACAAAAAGGAUGGUAGCAUGGGCUUAGUGCCAGUAACAAUAUCCUUGCGCAUCAUUUCAUGAUUCAAAAUGUCUAUUCGAAGCCAGGUUGAUGGGACGACUUUUACUGUCUAUGUUUUCUCAGUGGUUGAUCAAAUCCCAUUAAAUUAGGGAUCUGUUGAUGGAGAGCGAGUUAAUUAUUAAAGUUUUUCCCUGGUGCGAACCGCCACAGACAGUUUGUUUACAGUAGGAUUAUUGGACAUUGAGCCUCUAUUCUUAUCACUUAUGCGAGGGAUCUGAGGUUCUUUGACGAUAAAUUGAUGUAAAUAGAUUUGGUUUUUUUCAUUGACUACUCAUCAUCUUUUAAAUUAUUGAUCCAUGGACAAUCAGUGUAGGAAAACAUAAUUUCACUUUGUGGUCACGGUAUAAACACCGUCAAAAAGGUUGAAAGACUUCCAUAUAUUGCAUCCAAUUUCCCAGGCCUCAAAGGAAACAAAACAUGGCUUGCAAUAACCUCAUAACACAAGUUUUCCUCUUUUCCAUGCUGCCGACUCAUUUGUGUAAUUUUUUAUGGAGAAAAUUAAUUUUUCGCACCUUAAAUGAUGAGAGGGUUUGUCUUGGGUUCAUACUUAUUUUCCUUUUGGUAUUGAUGGCAGUAGCAUCUGUCAAUAUGUGAUGAAUGAAUUAAUUAUCAUAAUGUGACUACGAUUUUAUAUGCGUGCUUUAGAGGAGACUAAUUCCAGAUUGUUUAGGGAAUCCUAAGAAGUUGAGUCAGUGGUUAUAACUCAGAGAGAUUGGGCAUUAUUAGCGUCAGUGAUAGUUUUUGAUGAUGAUAUUGAUGAUUUCCUUGAUGUUGGAUAUCUGUCGUUAUAGUUUUGUGAUGCUUCCUGGUGGAGAUACUGUGUUUCCCUUUACUUUGCGAACUCUCUGAAUCUUCUUUCCUCUUGUUCAACUUUUUUGUAACAGGGGAUGUGUCUUAUAGCUGAUUCUCUAUUUUACCUUUGGGAUUCCAGAUACAGAUUUCUGCAAAUUGGCUAGUGUAAUGCGAAUAAUUGCAUCAAUGAGUGAUAGAAAAACACUACCCUUUCCUAAAAAAAUAUUACCUCCAUUGAGAUUGUUUUUGUAAAGAUCUAGAGAUCCAGAAACGAAAAGAAAAGAAAAAACUUGAAGCUUUUAAAAAAAGAGGAAAGUAAAAUCCUAAUAAUUUCGAACUUGUACCCCCAUAAUUUGUGCUUCUAGGGCUUGUACUUAUCAAUCUGCUUAACCUGCUGAACUUAUGAUUUUGAGUUCCUUGAAUUAUUCCUGGAAGUUUCCUCUAUAAAGACAAUGCUGUUGUCUUCCACCAAUUCGACUUGUAUUCGUUCUUUUUUAUGGGGAUAAAUGGCACAUAGGUGGCAUUGAAUAAUUUAAUUGAAGUAGAUUUCUUGGAAUUCUCUAAUCACCGCCUGCAGCUAGCUCAUCUUGAAUGAUAUCCAAAAACAUCGGUAUAAAUCCGGAGAAAUCGAUGGCAGUCCUUGCAUCUCUUACUCCAUCAUAAAUCUAUCCUAUCAAUACAUGGCCAUUUUGAUUGUCCAUCUUGUUUUGAAGCUCAUUGAUGUUGUGAAGAAUUCCCAUUCGGUUCUUAUUUUCCCCAGACGCUAGCUUGUCACCCUCCAGGAAGCGUUCCUUCCAAGGGAAAUCAAUGUUUUUCUCCUACCUUUGCCACCUUGGUCUCUCUCAUGGGGAUCAAAAGGAAUUGAAAUUGGUCGGAUAAGCUAUGCCCCCUUUGCAACGUCUUUCAAUUGUUUUUCUCCAGAUAAGGUGUUCCGUUGCAUUAAUAUCAUGGAUUCCGUAGUCAGCAGGGGAAAACCUACAAACCAUUCAGUACAUUUCUAAGCUCCAUAGACAUGUUUAGUUAUCCAUUACCGUAAUACUCAAAGUGAUGGCAAGCUACUCGAAGUUCCCCCCUUUGCGACUGUGUCUUUCAUUGAUUCAGGCACCCUCUACUUUGUCUUGUGGAGGCGAAUCGAAUCUAAUUUCAUAUUGGACAAUACAACUGUCCAAUAUGAGGCCUCCUAUUGGCCACCCACCUUCAAAAGGUAUAUCCUAGCCAGUUAGAACCAGACAGAAAACCUUUUCUCUCCCUUAACUACAGCAAUAUCCAGUGAUCACCGACGGUAGGAGAAAAACCUUUUUUUCAUUGAACAUCCUUAAUUAAUAUGGUGGCAUUCAUUAAGCUUUCCCAUUUGAGCAUUCUUUAUCUUCUAUUGUCUGCUUCCUUGUCCAUAACUCACCACAUCUACUUAAUCAUUAGCACCCGCCAUGUCUGCAUCCAAGAAGGAUCUGUCUUCAUGGGUGGCUGGAAAGGUAGCUUCUCAUAUUUCUUGCUUUCCUCAUAGUUUCUUGUGUCCAACCCGAUGCCUCCCCUUGUUCUUCUAGUGUUCAGCAGAAUGGCCACAAUCAUUGUUAUUCUUCCCGAAGCUUUAAAUACGCCAAAUUCAUCUUGUGAGGAAGAUUUCGAAUUGAUUUCAAUCGUCGUAUGCAAUCUAGUGCUCCGUUGCCCAUCAGAUUUUCAUCAUAUUAUUCGAGGGGUUUAGUGAAAAUACCUUUUCACUGUAUUCUCUGUGUAUCUGCGUGGCCUUAUUUCCCUGUCUUUCUCAUUAGAUAUUCCGCCUGACAAGGAGCCGCUGGACUGGAACACAAGGAUGAAGAUCGCAGCUGGUGCAGCUAAAGGGUUAGAGUACUUGCACGACAAAGCAAAUCCGCCAGUGAUCUACAGGGACUUUAAAUCAUCUAAUAUUUUACUUGAUGAGGGAUUUCACCCCAAACUCUCUGAUUUUGGGCUUGCGAAACUCGGCCCGGUUGGCGACAAGACUCAUGUCUCCACACGGGUAAUGGGAACGUACGGCUACUGUGCGCCAGAGUAUGCAAUGACUGGGCAGCUCACGCUGAAGUCGGAUGUGUACAGCUUCGGUGUGGUCCUCCUUGAAUUGAUCACAGGGCGCAAGGCGAUUGACAAUGCGAGGGCGGCCGGGGAGCACAAUCUUGUCGCAUGGGUAUGCCUCUGUUUGCCAUUAUUAGCAUCUUAUUCUCCUCCACUGGUCAAUUUAGAUGGCUGCAUGGAUCAAGAAACACAUCUCAUCUGAAGAUCAUGUCUGAUGGUGGUCUUUACUUCAAUGGGAAAGAUUUUUAAUAAUAUCAUUUUUAUACAAUUUUUCAAGACUUGUUAUAAGGGACAAAGUAUAAUUUAUUUUUUAUUUUUUUAUUUUUUAAAACUUUCAUCAGGCUCGUCCGCUGUUCAAAGACAGGAGGAAGUUUCCCAAGAUGGCAGAUCCGCUGCUGCAAAGUCGGUAUCCAAUGCGCGGCCUGUACCAAGCUCUAGCGGUCGCCGCCAUGUGCCUGCAGGAGCAGGCGGCGACUCGACCGCUCAUCGGAGACGUCGUGACGGCGCUCUCCUACUUGGCCUCGCAGUCGUAUGAUCCAAAUGCUGCCGCCGCCCACAACAGCAGGACGGGCCCUUCAACACCGAGGGUCAGAGAAGACUGGAAGAGCCUCAGUGUGGGAGCCGACAGCCAGCUGGCAGGCUUUUCCCCAUCUAGAAACUCCCCAGAUUUCAGGAAGAGGGACAUCACCAGGGGAGUCAGCUUUGGCGCGGAGGUGGGCAGGGGCGAGCUCGGUGGCGGCUCUGGGAGAAAGUCUGUCCUUGCGGACGACUUGGAGGGCCAAGAAUCUCAGAGGGACAGCCCCAUGAAUGCUCCAAAGGCGAGGAACGGUGCCAAGAACAUCAACAGAGAUAUGGACAGAGAACGGGCGAUUGCAGAGGCGAAGGUCUGGGGCGAGAAUUGGAGGGACAGGAGGCACACAAAUGCUCAGGGAAGCUUCGACAGCACACACGAGUAG